GGUGGGGGCGCACUUGGCAGUCGCGGAGUUGUGGCCAGCGUCAUCGUCUACGGCCCACUGCACCUUUUCCUUAUUGCUAGCAGUUGCAUCAGUGUCAGUGACAAUGAGUCUGUCCUUUUCUACGGUGGAUUGAAGGUGGAUAAGAGCACUGGGGUCGGCUCAACAGCAUUAUGUGGAGGGAAGGUAGUCGUGGUGGUGAUGAGAGUUGGUUUGGCUAUGUGCACGCAUGUGAGGCAAACGUUGCAAGUCAAUUGUGUGCCUGUGAAAGUUGUUUUGCCAGAGCAAACGAUGUCAGACAAAUGCAGUUGCUCUGCGAAAAUAAAGUUUGGCUUGUGUGAUCGGACUGCAACAAGUGUCGCCUCCGUUGUUGGUGACUUCCUUGCAAAAUGCGCGGAUGGGUUGGGUGCUGAGGGUGAGCGUCAGCUGAAGGACGGAUGCAUUCCUCCAGGUAAUCCAAUCAACUUUAUUUUCAAGGUGUAG